CUGAUACGUUACAUGAUAUACAUUACUAAUAAAUUUAAAUAUAAAUGCCUCAAACUUAACACAUUUGGUCACAACAUGAUUCUGCUUCGUCUGAACUUUAAUUCAAAUAUUUAAUCGAUACUGAACAUCAUCGAUAAUAGAGCACUUUCUUCAUACUUAAAAUAAAUGUAUGUUUUUAUAAAGAGAAACUACAUAGAAGCGCCAUUUAUUUUUUUAUAUUUUGUAUUUUUUUAAAACAUAUUACAAAGCAAAAAUAUAAUUUAAAAGUUAAUUCCAUAUAAGUGAGUAUACAUAUGGAUGCGUGAGCAUUCACAAAAUGUCAAUAACCCAUUUAACAUAUAAACUGUCAAAAUCAAAGAAGCAACAUUGAUUUUAUGUUGCAAAAAAGAUAAAAUAAAUUUAGUUUCUCAUUCAAAUGAGUAAAACGUUGGAUAUUCCUAGACAAGAUAUAAAAUAAUCAGAUAAUCUGUCGAAGAUGGAUUACGCGCGAAAAAUUGGUAAAUCUGAUAAACCUCAAGUCUGGAAAAAGAGUCGCCAGCCACUUGUAACAACUAGGGAUAACCUUCUUUCCGGAGAUACAUUCUUUUCGGAAGAUCAUCGUUUUAUAAAUUGGAAAAAAUGGCUCGCCGAUUGGAAGAAGCAAAAUCGUCACAUCGAAUAUGUUACCGGUCGUUCGCAUCCCAAUCAGCUACAGAAUUCCUUGGAAAAGUUUCGUGCUUUUGUUGAGAUGAAAAACCUGAUGGAACACGUUGCUAUAUCGGUGCCCAUCGAUAAGUAUCGCGGUGGGCCUGAAUUUUGGAAGACGCCUGAAUUCCUGCCGGAUCGCGGCGAUACUUGUCUACCAGAAGUGUCCUUGACUCUUAGCAGAAAGGACCUGAAUCUUCCUCCGGAUUUAAUGUGCGUUGGAUUGCCAGACCUAAUGAUAAAGGAGCGGGAUCUCGCAACUCAAAAAGUCAAAGAAGAAUUCUGGAAACGCAGCGAGUAUCUCAAGACGCGUAAGCUCGAGUAUGCAGAGAAAAUCAAGUUGGUGCUGCCUAAAGAACCGGAAAUGGCAACGUUGUUUGUCCAGGGGCGUGCCUGUAAGAAAAAGAAACUACCGCUGUUACGAAUUCCGCCGAUAACUAUCACAGAGCCUGAUGAGGAUGAGCCGCGCGAGGAUAUCGAUCAGGCGGUAGUUCUGAAGAUUCAAGAUCGAGAAUUUGUUUGGCAAAGAUCUCUCUUUAGUACGGAACCAGUGGACAACGAUCCUAUUACUUGGUCUGUAACUUUUACGAGUAAGGUCGACGAGCGAAUCGAAAAAGAGAUCGUCUUUGAGAACAAAGGAACCCAUGUUAUCGUCUAUCAUUGGCGAUACUCGCCUUUUCGGACAUACGACGUGUCCUUCGAGAUACGUGGUAGUCCAUUCUUCUUCAAUAAGACGAAAGGGCUCAUACUUCCAGGUCAGAUCGUAAAAUUUAAGGUUUGGUAUCGAUCCAGGACAUGCGGAGUCUUCACUGAGUUCUGGCGAUUCGUCACGGAGCCGAAAUUAAGUUCCUCUACAUUUAUAUUUCGAUUCUGGGGUUGCACGACUGAUAUUCAAACCACAGAACUGACCGAUCGCCAAACGAUCGACGAGUAUCUGGAUCGUUGCAUUCGAGACUCAACGAUACGCUCGAUCGUCGAAGAAAUCAUAGCCAGAGUAAAGCACAGCGAACAAUCAGAGCCACUUUACGAGGCGCCACUUUCACAAAGUGAUUUGUUCAUCUCUCUGAAUCCAUAUUAUCAUUAUCAUCCCAGUAUCAUGAUGCAAUUGCAGAAAAUAUAUUUCGACAUUGCCGGUAAUAGUACAUUAGCCUGGAAUUUAUCGCUGGAUACCCUGCGAGACAUCAUUUUGCAAAUAAAAGAUACAAAUUACAGACGCAAUAUUCUCGUCCAAUUUAAUGAACUUUGCAAGCAAAGCCUCAGGCCAAGAUUGAUGGAAUCUGAUGUCGCACAGCACAAUAAGCAUGACGCUGUGUAUAAUAUUUUAUGUGCUUUCGCGAAUCUGUUUGAACAUGAAAGUGAACUAGUGAAGAGGAAUAGUCUGAUACGAGAAGAGUCCGCGACUCCGAUGGAAAUAGAGCAAAAAUUGACGCCCCUAUCUCACAGAUCCAAUAACAGUUCGGAAGAAACCCGUAGCAAAAAGUUAAUUCGUCAAGAAACUGUACGAGUGCAAGAAGAAAAAGAAAAUUUUGAUUUAAAUUUGCAACCUUACAGAGAAGUAUUUUUUAUUCGUAUAUAUAAAGCUCUGGAAGAAGCAAUAGAACGCGUUGGCGUCAGUAUCGAUUCUUUUCACAGACUUAAUGAAUUAAAACUUAAAAUAAAGUCGUAAUUAUAUUUAUCUAUUUUAUUCAUAUAUCUAUUUUCAAGCAAUA